UCCGAGACCUCGACCUUUCAAGAAAUAUUGGAAACAAACAACCCGAUCUCUGUAUAUAAAAUCCCGGUCGUGCUAAGCGAUGAAUUUAAGCAUUUUUAAAUGUUGAAAUUAUUGAAGCGAUGAUAUUGCUGCUGUUCAGAUUUGAGCAAUGAGCUGAUGAGCAAAAUGCGCAAGUUUGUCAGCCCUCGAACAGGGCGCAAAGUCAUAGAGUCACCAAAUAAAACUUUUGGGGUUCCUUUAGAUGAACUUUUACGUCAGUCACCAGCUGAAUCUGGCACUGUACCAGCAGCUGUCAAGAGGAUAUGUGAACACAUUUACAAACAUGGAGUUGACCAGGAAGGAAUCUUCAGAGUCAGUGGUAGUGCCCGGGCUAUGGAUAAACUUAAGACAUCAUUCAAUGUAACUGGCGAUGCAGAUCUUGAGGGAGAGCCAGAUAUUAUGGCUGUUGCAGGAUUGCUGAAACUUUUUCUUAGAGAGCUUCCAGAUUCCCUUAUACCAGAACAUCUGACACAGGAAUUUAUUGCUAUUGAAACAGGAAAAUCCAGUGAACAAGACUACAUACUAAGACUAAGAUCACGACUGCACAGCUUGCCUGAAGAGAAUGGAUUGCUGUUGAAGUACAUAGUGUCAUUUCUAGUGGCUGUUUGUCAUCACCAAGCAACCAACAAAAUGAGCCCUAUGGCACUUGCAAUUGUGUUUGGGCCAAACAUUUUCAGAUGUGGUGAUGGUAUUUCAGGCUUGAAAGAUCAGGGGACCAUUAAUUUGAUAGUUGCUAAGUUCAUCUCUAACUACACUGAGCUCUUCAGAGAAGAAGAUGAGCGAGAUCCUGUAGAAACAUGGACUGCAAAAGUCAAGAAGACUCCACCACCUCGUCCACCACCACCACAGAUUGUCACAUUAUCUCCACCACCGAUUGUCACAACAACUACAUCUUCAACUACUGCAGAGUUGAGACCUGUUCCAUCACCCAGAAAGGUCCAUGGGUCUGCACAGUAUGAUAGCAAGCUUUAUCAAGAUAGUGGUUUGGAAGAGACUGAGAGUGAUGCUGGUGCUGAUACACCACAUUGUCAUGAAAGUGACCAUGCCCAACAGUCACCUCACUUCAGUGAUGAUGAAACGAAUGGAAGGUUAUCACCUUUCGUCCUUGAAAGUGAAAGUCACAGCAUUAUUGAGUCACCAAUGGCUACAGCAAGAACUUCAGAACUUGUUCAGAGAACCAUCUGUGAUGCCAUCUCAGACCGACUGUUUGGGGAUGAAUUAGGGAUAGGACAAGCCUCCCUUCUUCCAGCAAGGUCUCCAGAAACUGUAACCAGUGAACGCAAACUGGAAGAUCUAGUGACAUCUGUCCGUGCCAAAGUGGAAAUGUAUGAGAGGAAAAACAGCUUGUCAGAUUACAGCACAUCAGAGUCAUCCUCUAAUCUUCCUCAGAAUGGUCAUGUUGGAAAUGGUCAUGCAAAGCAGUCUAAGGCAGAUUUCCAAGAACAAGUCAAGGCUGGUGGAGACUUUGAUCAGGAAAAUUCUUCAGAGAUGGCAUUUGAUGACCUUGAUAGGGAUAUGGAUAUGCACAGCAAAGUGAAAAAUAUCAGUGAUUCAGCAAAAUUUCACUGGAGCACACAGGAAAACAAAAACAUGGAUGGUGAACUGACUGAACUUCUGGAAGAGACUGCGAUUGUUGUGACUCAUGGAGGCUUCGCGACACACAGCUGGCGAAUGUCCAGUGAGAAAGACAAUAAAGAGGAUAUAAAUCAUAACCAGACAUCGCUGCUCAUCUUUGAACCUUCCUUGGGAAGAGGCCAAAGUAAUAUACAGGAAGCAGAUGAAAGAGACGGUCUAUCAUCACCUCAGCCGUCUCCACUCAGCAAACACAAACCAUUCAUCCCACCUCUUGAUCUGUCUAUUUGCAUGAACAUUGCCCUCACCCAGAGUCAGCAAGCUAAAAAAAGAAAUGGAGAGGCCAGCAACACAGAUGUUCCACCAUCACCCCCUAAACACCAAGACCAGUAUCCUAAAUACAUGGAUGAUGAGUUUAGUCAUCGACUGAAACAGAUGACAAAACGAAUACAAGUUUUAAAGAAAAAAAUCAAAAACUUUGAAGAGGAGUUCGAGGAAGUUCAUGGCUACAAACCAUCUCAAGGAGAAAAAGCAGCAAGGCCUGAAAUAAAAAAGUAUGUGACUGAGCUGUCACGGACUAGAAAAGACAUUAAAAGACUGCGUGAAGACUGUGAACAAGGGAACCGCAGUCGGCAUGGAAGUGGGGCCUCUUCAUCGGGAGAUUCACCUAAAGUAGAAGAGACUUUGAAAGUUAUUCUUGUAGCUCUCAAAGAGAAGCGGCAGGAUGCCUCCAGACCAGAAGACAUUACUCUGAUGUCACGGGACCAGGUGCAGGAGGAAAAAUUAGCUAUACAGAAGGCCCUACUUCACUUUGAGGGACUACAUGGGAGACCAACAUCAAAGGAAGAUAAAGAUUUGAUGAGACCUCUCUAUGAUAGAUAUCGUCUAAUCAAGAGACUCCUUGCCAAGCCAAUGUCUCCCCGGAACUCUUUAGAUCUGCCUACUGUGCCAGAAGACGGGUUGAUAGAAAUUCCGACUGGUUCAGCCAUGGCUGCUAUUGCUGGAACUGCUUUUAAAAAGACCAUUCUCAUACCAACAGCGGAAUUGGAAGAAGAGAGGUUUGAAACUGUAGACUUUGCAAUCACGAGAGAUUUAUCCGACUUUAGAUUCACAGGUUUCCAUGAAGUUCCCACUCAUGUGGGCAGUGUGUUUCCGAAGGUGCGAAAGAAAAAUGAUGUUGAUACUGGCCAGGAGUCAUCAGAGUCUUUUCUCCAUGAGCUGAACAUUUACCAGCUUCAUGAAGAACUGGAGCAGUCUAAGGCAGAAAAGAAACAGCUACGACAUCAUCUGCGGGAGUUUGAGAAGAGUUUUCAAGAAAAGCAUGGACGAAAAGUUCAGAAGGAAGACAGAUCACCCAUGCAAGAGAGCUACUCAAGAUACAAGCAAGUCAAAGCCAGAUUGCGUCUUCUUGAAGCUCUGGUAUUAAAGCAUCAAGAAUGAAGGCAACAUGAUAAAUUGAUUCUUGUUAUUUUAAAGUCAGUUGCCACAAAAAGUACUAGGCUAGGUUUUUGUUUUAAAUCCAGACUUAGAGAGCGGUCAAAUAAUUGACUAGAACAAAGUGAAAAGCCCUUUGUUUAGGAGUUAACAGUUGCCAAAUUUUUUUCAUGUAAUGGCAUUUACAGACAAAGUGGCAAAAGUGCAUGAAGGAAAAGUUCCUGUAAGCUGUUAGAUUCUGUUAUUGGUUAGAAGGCUGUAGCAUUAUGGUUAGACUAUUACAGUGUAUCUGUGGGGUUUAGAAAGAUAGAAAAUGUCACUGUACACUGUUCAAUGAACCCUAUGAUAUGCUCUUGUGUGUAUGUGUGUGUUUAUGCAAUGUGCUUAUGGGUGUGUCUCUAUGGAUUUAUGUAUAGAUAUGUAUGUGUAUGCUGUUGAUGCAUACCAUGACAGCUGUAUUUGGCAACUGAACAGAAAACCUCAUGUUGCUGUGAGUUACAAAAUGUGUUGUUCAUACGGUCGUCUUCUGUCAAGAUCUACUUUGACUUCCAUAAAAUAAUUGCAGUUGUUCCUAAGGAAGAAUA